AUAAAAAUGAUUGAGAUUAAGCUUGUAAAAUGUUUAAAUUAUUCUUGUUUCUUGAAGAAGCCUUUUUUUCAUCCAGUUAGUUGAUCAAAGUUCAUUACCAUCUUUAUCCAUCAUGUCAGCAAUACUAAAGGCCUUCACUUUUGGGAAAUCUAAGCAUAAAAAGUUGCCCGAAGAAUGGGGUGAAGAUAUUAAACAUCCGGUCAACGAAGGGUUGCCCUUUCACUGUAAAUAUAUUGGAUCAACUUUGGUUGAAAAAGCUUCAGAUGAUGCAACCACAGCAGAGGCAAUUAAAACAAUUAUUCAAAUGUCCAAACUGGCUGGUAAAGUUAAAAAUUUGCGCAAGGUUGUCCUCACCAUAAAACCUACUGGAAUAAGUUGUAAAGAUGCUCACAAUGAUGAAGAAAUUUUCGAUAUCUCUAUUUACAGAAUCUCAUAUUGCUCAGCUGACGCCAACUAUGACCGGGUUGUCGCCUUUAUCGCUACAAAUAAGAAUGAAACUCACGAAUGCCAUGCUUUCCUUACCAGAAAAAAUGAAGUAGCUCGUGCCUGUGCAUUAACAAUCUCUCAAGCUUUUGCCAUUGCUUUUGAAAAAUACCAAGAAACAUUGAAAGAGAAGAAUCAAACUAAACCAAGUAACGACAGUAAAGAUACCAAAUCAAAUGGUAAAUCAACUGAUCAGGCAUCCAAUGAAAAUUGUCAGACAAAUGGAGCACCCAUGAUUGAUUUGCUUAGUGAUUCAACUCCAACCCUUAAUGGACAAAUUAAUGAUCUUGAUGCUGAUAAGGAUUGUUUCCUUAGGUUGGCUAUGUCUCGAGCUCGAACAGUAUCUGAUGAUGUCCCUCUAUUACCAAGUAAUUUAACUCUUAAAGGAUUCCAAGACCCAAAUCAGCUGAAUGAAUUCAUCAGAGCUGCUACUUGUGAUGAUGGUUUUGAUAAAAAUGAUGCAUUCAAUCUGUUCUAGAAUCUCUUUUAUCCACAAGAUGUUCCCAAGUUCAUGAAGUUUCUUUUUCUAAUGGUUUUUUCUAUUAGUAAACUUUAUGUUUCUUAUUAUUGUUGACAAAUGCCCAACAAUUUUCAUUUAACGUUGAUGAAAUUGUUAUAAACCGAACCUCAGGUUAACACUUUUUUUUAUUAACCUGGUUUCAAAACAACUCAAAGUAGUCUUUAACUAUUAAUCAUUAAUUGUCUAUUUCCUUUAUACUUCGCUCUCUAUACUCUAUUAUAUACUUGUUAAUUCAAUUCUCAUGAAGUUGACACUUUCAAUUUGUGUCUCUUCUGAGUUUUGAUAGCUUUGUUUUGAUCUUUGAAAUCGCAAUUCAAACUAUUGUAAACCGAUCAAUGUUUUCUUUUUACCUAAAUUUGAAUCUCUUUUUAUAAAAAGGCAACUACAUGCAAAAAAAUAAUCAUUAUACGAAUCUCAGAAAAGAUUACAUGGUAAAUCACUACUUUUUUUAUAAAUCCA